AUGAAUGUCUUUUAUAAAGGUGAUAAGAUGGAUUUGUUUGUCUUUUUGGACUCUGAAGAAGCUUACCACAAAUGGCUCAAAGGCGACAAAACUGUCCCUCUAUCAGAUGUUCUCUCAACCUUCAACGUCUAUACUUAUCUUACGAAGAUCGGUUCUGAAGGCGUCUUACUAGCUGCCUCUAAGCAGAUGAUGUCGGAAGAAUUUGGAAAUUUCGAGUCCGUUGAAGAUGAGAUAAUCCCUAAAAUUCUAAGAGAGGGUAAGGUUCAGCGAAAAAAAAUAGAAGAAGGCAAAGAUAUGAAGAAAAGACGCAACUCCCGUAGCUCGAACAAGAAGAAAUGA